AUGUCAGCUUCUAAACGAUCAAAGGAAGAAUCUCCAUUAGAAGACAAUGUGUACAUCGUCGAAAAAAUUCUAAACAAGCGGACAUUGAAAAAUGGUAAAACAGAAUAUCUUAUUAAGUGGAAUGGUUUUGAAAAUGACGAUUCCUCGUGGGAGCCUGAGGAGAAUCUCUCGUGUCAAGCAAUGAUAUUAGAAUUUGAAAAAGCGAAAAAGGACGAAAAGAGGUCAAAGAAGAAGGAGAAUGAAGAACCUAAGAAAAAGGAAGAAUCACCAAUCGAAACCAAAACGCUUCGGGGAAUUGUCGGAUUAACAAAAGCACCGGGAGAACUCCAUUUUUUGUGCAAAUUCUCUGAUGACUCUGCUCAACUAAUUCCAGCAAAAGAAGUAAAUGCACGUUAUCGAGAAUUUGUCGACACUUACAUUGAGUUUGUAAAACGAAAAGUGGAAAGAAGGCAAAGGAAAAUGGAAGCUGAAAAGCAAGGAAAAGUUUUCAAUGAAGAAGACGAAGAAUGGCCUCCAAUGCCUGCUGGACUCGAUUUUUCUGUCGCAGAAAAUCCGGAAGAAUGUGAAAAGAAAGAUGAAGAAAACGAAAAUCAAAGUCAUGUAGGUUCGGAGAAAAUCGAUGAGCCGCUCACACUUGCCGUCGACGCGACCUCGACGAUGCUCGACAUGAGCUCAUUCGCGAUUGACAAAGAUUCGCUUUCGCAUUUUGCAUCUGACGAGAUUUUGGAUUCGGUGCCGAUUUCGAUGGCUGACGAAUCGCUCGAACUCAUGCAACCAGUAUCGGCGAUUGUCGUCGACACUGUCAUUGAAUCCGAUGAUUUUUUGUAUCAUGAGACUCCGUUGGAGUCGAAAUCUUCUUCGGAUGCUGCGGAGAAGCCUAGUGGGACACCAAAACGACAUGAGAACGAAGCCGGACAAGACGAGUAUGAAUAA